CCUGCCUCCUCUGCGCCACUGACCUUCGGAUGUGUGUGUGUGCGUGUCUUCUAACAGCCAACAUGGACGUCCACGGAGUAUCUCACCACGAUCUUACGGAUUAUAACAAUAUGGAGGCCAAGCAGGGAAAAAUGGUACCCUGCCAGGACGAGCGCUUUGACAGCGGCCUGGACUCCCUAAAAGAGGACGAGCUGGUCAGCUACAUGGAGCAUUUGACCGUGCACGUCAGCGAGGAGCGCGUACACGAAUACGAGCCGUGGAGAAGCGUCGUGACCGAGGACGGUGACACGCUUCUGCACUUGGCCGUCAUUCAUGAAGGCACCGAACAAGCCCAGCAGAUGAUCCAACUGUCCCACAAUCACCCGUUCCUCAACGUACAGAACCACCAAAGACAGACAGCUCUGCACAUAGCCGUGAUCACCGAACAGCCGCAGCUGGUGGAAAGGCUCCUCAAGGCAGGCUGUGACCCACGACUGGCCGACGACAACGGCAACACGGCGCUUCACAUAGCCUGCAAGAAAGGCUCCCUCGCCUGCUUCGGGGUCAUCACCCAAAACAGCCAUCGGCAUCUCACCUCCAUGCUCUCCUUCCCCAAUUACAGCGGACAUAACUGUCUUCACCUGGCGUCCAUCCACGGCUACAUUUCAUUAGUGGAGAGUCUUGUUGGGUUGGGCGCAGACGUCAACGCACAGGAACAAUGCAGCGGAAGGACGGCAUUACAUUUGGCUGUGGAUGUCCAAAACCCAGCGCUGGUCCGUCGCCUUAUCGACCUGGGCGCCGACGUAAACUGCUUAAACUACGGCGGUUUCACGCCGUACCACCUCACCUACGGCCGCCAAAACGACGACAUACGCCGCCACCUACACGAGAAGACUGCGCUGGAGCUGAGGGCCUUGCCCGACAGCGAAUCGGACGACAGCGAUAUGGAGGACCUGGACCUCUCUGAGGACGAGUUGUACGACGACAUAAAAUUCGGGAAGUAAAAUAAACCACUGGUGGUGUUGAAAGAGCUGCUACCGGGUCAUCAAGCCACGGCCCAAACACCUGCCCAGGAGGUCACCACAGUGCUGGCCCGGGAAGGGGGCACAAGAAGGAAGACAGUGUCUGGUCUGGUCCAGAACACACCGCGAGACCAUGAACCACAGUUGUCUCUGUAAUACCGUAUAAGGAUGUGAAUCAUGUAGUAAAGUGUACAUACAGAGAUAUUAUUUUUGUACCUGUAAAUAUGUUAAAUCAACACUAUCAACAAAAUAAUAUGCAUAUUAAUAAAAAGAAGCCUUUGAGUAUGAA